AAAAGGUGCACCAACUUUCCCUCUACCAAAUCUCAUAAAAACUAAUAAGUUAAUAUCAUGAUAUAAAUCGAACCACCUACUUGGUGUCUUGCAAUUCCCAAUGGCCUCCAUUUUCAAGCUCUCAACGCCAUCUCCAGCUGCUUCCUUAUCAGAAGCGCUUCGCCCCAGAGAUUCUCGCUUCCUCUCCUUCAAUCCUUCUUCCAACGCUAUUAAUUACAAAAUUAACCUCUCCGCUUCCCUCCGAUCCAUUCACUCCCUCCCUCUUAAAACCUCCUUGCGGAUCAAAUGCUCCAAAACUGAUGGGAAUGGAAGUCCUGCAAAGAGGACAGUGCUUCAUGAUCUUUAUGAGAAAGAAGGGCAGAGUCCAUGGUAUGAUAAUCUCUGCAGACCUGUUACAGACCUUCUUCCUCUUAUAGCAAGUGGUGUCAGAGGCGUCACUAGCAACCCUGCGAUUUUUCAGAAAGCUAUCUCAUCAUCGAAUGCUUACAAUGAUCAGUUCAGGGAACUUGUGCAAGCAGGGAAAGACAUUGAAAGUGCAUAUUGGGAACUUGUAGUGAAGGAUAUCCAAGAUGCUUGCAAACUAUUUGAACCAAUCUAUGAUCAAACAGAUGGUGGUGAUGGCUAUGUUUCUGUUGAAGUAUCUCCCAGGCUCGCUGAUGACACUGAGGGAACCAUAGAAGCUGCAAAAUGGCUUCAUAAAGUGGUUGAUCGCCCCAAUGUGUAUAUUAAGAUUCCUGCUACAGAGGCAUGUGUGCCUUCAAUUAAGGAAGUUAUUGCUAAUGGGAUAAGUGUGAAUGUGACGCUGAUAUUCUCUCUUGCAAGAUAUGAAGCUGUAAUAGAUGCUUACUUGGAUGGUCUUGAGGCAUCUGGGUUAAAUGACCUCUCUAGAGUUACAAGUGUUGCCUCUUUCUUCGUCAGUAGAGUGGACACUCUCAUUGACAAGGCCCUUGAGAAAAUUGGCACCCCAGAGGCUCUUAAUCUACGUGGGAAGGCAGCAGUAGCCCAAGCAGCAUUGGCUUACCAGCUCUACCAAAGGAAAUUUUCUGGUCCAAGGUGGGAAGCUCUAGUUAAAAAAGGGGCCAAGAAGCAAAGGCUCCUUUGGGCCUCAACCAGUGUAAAGAACCCUGCCUAUUCUGACACCUUAUAUGUUGCUCCUCUUAUUGGACCCGACACUGUAUCAACCAUGCCAGACCAAGCCCUUCAAGCAUUUAUUGAUCAUGGUACCGUAUCCAGGACAAUAGACUCAAAUGCAUCUGAAGCUGAAGGAAUAUACAAUGCUCUCCAGAAAUUGGGUAUUGACUGGAGCUUUGUUGGUUCCCAGCUUGAACUUGAAGGAGUGGACUCGUUUAAGAAGAGCUUUGACAGCCUCCUGGAUUCUCUGCAAGAGAAGGCAAACUCUCUUAAGUUGGUCAGCCACUGAAGUUUGAACGUCAUGGUUAGUAAUGCAGUGCUGUGUAUGAUGGCAUCUAUGGAUUAAUAAAAGGCAGCGGCUGUGCAUUUUGUGCUGCUGCAAAUGUGCUUCAUGGAGUCAUUUAUUUAGACGAUAGUGAUACAAUGUAAAUGGGAAAAAUUGUCCGCUUCAAGUCAAGCGUUUUGUUUUUUCCCCACUAUACAAUGGUUGUGCGUUUAUGUUUAAAAGUCUUACAUUUUAGUUCGAAUUUUUAAUUAAAAUUUUGUUGUGAUCAAUAACACAACUCAUGCAUGUUUAACUAAUAAUAAAUUGAGGGCAGUUCACCAA